GCAGCCUCGCGGCUCCGGGACUCUUCGCGGGCUCCGUCCUCCGGUCCGGUUCUCGCCAGCUCCGCAGGCAGUGCGCUCGCGCCUCCGACUCGAAAUGCCUGUCUGGGGAGGUGGAAAUAAGUGUGGGGCCUGCGGGAGGACCGUGUACCAUGCAGAAGAGGUGCAGUGCGACGGCAGGAGCUUCCACCGCUGCUGCUUUCUGUGCAUGGUUUGCAGGAAAAAUUUAGAUAGUACAACAGUGGCAAUUCAUGAUGAAGAGAUCUACUGCAAAUCCUGCUAUGGAAAAAAGUAUGGGCCAAAAGGCUAUGGAUAUGGCCAAGGUGCUGGCACACUCAACAUGGACCGUGGUGAGAGGCUAGGCAUAAAGCCAGAGAGUGCUCAGCCUCACAGGCCUACAACAAAUCCAAACACUUCUAAAUUUGCUCAGAAAUUUGGAGGCGCUGAAAAAUGUUCCAGAUGUGGGGAUUCUGUAUAUGCAGCUGAGAAGAUAAUUGGAGCUGGAAAGCCCUGGCACAAAAACUGUUUCCGAUGUGCCAAAUGUGGCAAAAGUCUUGAAUCAACAACUCUGACCGAGAAAGAUGGUGAAAUCUAUUGUAAAGGAUGCUAUGCAAAGAACUUUGGGCCUAAGGGAUUUGGCUAUGGUCAAGGAGCAGGAGCUCUUGUUCAUGCUCAGUAAAGGAGUAAACCCAAAACCAAGUAUCACACACUGAGAAUCCCUUCACAAUCUAGACACAGUCUGAUCACACCAAACUCUACUGUGAAAUUCUACCAGCCUUAAGUACUGUACAUUAUGCUGUACAUAUAGGUUGGCUAACUUUGUAUCUUUUUGAUUUAUUCAUCCACUUUUUGGGAACCAUUUCUUUUACAUUUUAAAUAAAAUUCAGCUUGAUUU